AUGAGAAAGGAGCCCAAGGGAGAGAGAAAGAAACGCAAGGAAAGAAACAAAGAAAAGCCAAGGAGACAGAAGCCACAAAGGGUCCAAGAGGGCUGUGCUGAAGGAAUGACCCUAAGGAUGCUCUGGGCUGGACGGGCCAAGGGGACCCUGGGAAGCCAGGGGAUCAUCUGCUUGGUGAUGUCUCUACUCUUCCAGUACCCAGGAGUUCACAGCAAGUGCUACUUCCAAGCUCAAGCUCCCUGUCACUAUGAAGGGAAAUAUUUUACCCUGGGUGAGUCUUGGCUCCGCAAGGACUGUUUCCAUUGCACCUGUCUGCAUCCCGUCGGUGUGGGCUGCUGUGACACGUCCCAGCAUCCCAUCGACUUCCCCGCUGGAUGUGAGGUACGUCAGGAGGCAGGAACCUGCCAAUUCUCCCUGGUGCAAAAAUCUGACCCUCGGCUGCCCUGCAAAGGGGGAGGACCCAACCUAGAGUGGGGCUCGGCUAACACUCCUGAUCCUGGGGCUCCUGCUCCCCACUCCAGUUAA